GCUGCCUUGAGGACUCGUCAGUAUCGUCGCGCGACUCAUCCGCGAUGUUUCAAAUUCGAUUUUUUAAUUUUUCUCGUGUAACGUUGUCGUAGAAGAUCGUCACGUGAGAUAUUAUUGUUGUUAUCACACAAUCAAGCUGUUAUACGUGUUUUUAUUCAUAUUAUUUUAUCGAUUAAUUUUUAUUGGUGUUUUAUAUUUUUCUUUUUUCAUUUUUUUUUUCAUCUUUUACUUUGAAGAAGAAGAAGAACAACAACACUUUCUGCAUAAAGACUUUUGGACCCUUCUUCGAAUGUUUCCUUCCAUCAAGUAAUCAUUUGUUAAUCAUUUACCUAACGUAAAUCGUAUAAAACACGCACACGGAUAUAUACGGCACGUAUGCAAAAAACGAUGAACGCUACGGUGACCAUUAUUCUCAUUUGUGUCGCAGUUACGGUUCUGCCUGGCCACUGCGAGAAAAAGGAAUCGCAGGACAAUGAAAAAGCGAGAUUACCGGAGUUCCUCUCGGAAUUGGACUUGGCAAGCCUCGAGGCUUCCGAGGAAGAUGUCGAAGCCUUAAAAAAAAUAGCUAAAAGAUUAGCACCGGAGAAGAAUGGCGAGUACCAAGUCUAUCAAGUCUUCUUUGGGAACGAGGAUCUUCUUAAGGAGUGGCUCAAGGGAGCGGGUGUAUCCGGACAACCAGGUGUCGACUUUCCAACCUUUACGACAAUCCCAGCAACUUCGUUCAGUUGUCGUGGUCUGAAAGGUGGUUACUAUGCUGAUUUGGAAACAAAUUGUCAAGUUUUUCACAUCUGCGACAACGGACGAAAGAUAUCGUUUCUCUGUCCCAACGGUACCAUCUUCCAGCAAUCGCAAUUGAUCUGCGAUUGGUGGUUCAAAGUAGAUUGCAGCAAGUCGACCGAACUUUACGAACAGAGUGCCGAACAGCUAGCCGAGGAAGAAAGAAAACGUACGGAAGACAAAAAAAUGAAAUCCGAAUUCCAUCGUACCGUAGAUCACGAUGGACUCGAUUAUCAUCAAGGUCAAGACAAUUACGAUGGCAGACAAAACGGGCGAACGAAUCCUUUCGGUCAAUCCGUAAGACCUAAUCAAAUUCAAGACAAUGCUGAUAGUUUUAAAUCUCAAUUUAAACAGAACAAUGUUUUCGAUCAAUCGAACGGCAGAUCUGCCAGUCAAUUUGCACAGAACUCAAAUUCGAAUAAUUUUCAAAGCAACGAACAAGAUUUCGAGGACAAUUUCAAUAUCAAAAGCAAACAAGGACCAGCAUUUAAUUAUCGAACGAUAAACAGACAACAGAAUCAAUUGUUAGACACUCAGAAUGGUAAAUACAAUCAAUAUAAUCCAAGUUACGAGGAGAAGUUUCAGGAAAGCUCUCAAGACAAUCAAGAUCAAUCUAACAAUUCCCAGGAUUAUUAUGGAUCAGCUGGUACACAAAACGUAGCUCGAAACGAAAGACCUAACAGUAGAAAUCCCAAAGCGAGGGGAAAUUAUGCACGAAAUUUGAAUAAUUUGAAUUCGCCUACUCAAAAAGCCACACCGGCUUAUAUGGAAACGACAACUUUUAGGACAACCACUUCGAGUCCUGUUAAAGAAUUUCAACAAUUUGCCGAGAGUGCUGCUUUCGUUUCCAAUCGUGGCAAUUAUUACAAUAACAAUGCUGCCAAUCGUCAAUUUUAUUAUCAACCGUACAACAACAACAAUCAAGAAACAACUACGAAGGAUCCAGCAUCGAUUAAAGAAAAAAGUAGUAGUCCAGCUUUGAUAAGAACUAGAUUUAGUAUACCACCAUUCCCUGGCCCAACAUUCGCACCGAUUUACAAACCACGAACGACCACUAUACCGAGUCGCGAGACAACAUUGCAGUAUACUACAACAACCGAAAAGACCUUGGAUAGUACGGAUUACUAUAGGCAGCCUUAUACGACGGAAACAUCGUAUGGUUUUAGUGUUGAUGGUGGUAAUAGUGGUGAAAUCGUUAGCACAACUAAUCGUCUGGAAAACGAGGAUUAUCAAACCAGUACAGAAUCCAUUUCCACAGCAGCAUUAAAUAGAAAUUAUCAGGAAAACUCGGAAACACCGGCAACUUACCGUACAAACGUGGAUUCGAGUAAUCCCAAUCGAGCCACAUUUACGGAUUAUUAUCCAAGUAAUAAUGAAUACAAUACAAAUAAAGUGAUCGAGGGUGAUCAAGAAUCGAGUUAUACAACAACAAGAUCUAACAUUAACACUGACAAUUCACGUGAAUACACCGAAGAUUUAGGAACAACGGCAGCUUCAAAUGAUUAUUCAAACGACGUUCUUGAAAGACAAAAUUUUGAGAAUUCGGAGGUAGAAUUGAAAAUCAGUACGAAAGAACCUACGAGAAAUUCUCCGAGUUAUCAUGUCAAUUCGAUAAACGCUUCAACGGAAAAAGCAUCGAGGAGUACUCAGCAGUAUUCGCAAACUGGAAAGACCUUGAGUCCAUACGAUACUAGUUUUACGUACAAACAAGGCAAAGUUAUGUCGACUUUAGGCCCCUACAUUCCGUUCACGAAGAAUUACAUUCAUUCCAGUACCUCGGCCUCCAUGACUACUACCCCAACAACGACGACAACGACAACGACAACGACAACAACUAAACCACCUGUAUACACAGCGACAGUACCUAGUUUAACUUCUACCUUGGCUAAUUAUCGCAAUCCUAAAAACUUGAUAUCCAAGUCGAAACAAUUUUUCUCUUCCUCGAACAAAUUGAAAGGCAGUAGUAGUUCUACUUACUUACCGGAAUCUCGAUCGACAUUGAGGAUCGGUACGGCUUUGGAUAACAGGCCUGCUAACGAGAGAGAACACGUAUUGGAUAUGUUACAUUCUCUUCAAGGCUUAGAAAACGAUGUAAACACGUCUGGUAUUUCUCGUCCGAGCUUCUCGACGGCCUCCGGACCAUCUACUUUACAUUCUCUCGCUUUGUAUUUCGCCACUGCUAGCGAAAAUUUUGCUUCAAAGGAGUCAACCGAAUCGACUACCAAUCAUCCAGAAGAAAUGGAAGAAUCCUCGACAGAAAAAAAUAAUGAUUCCUCUAUUGAGUUACCCAAGAGUAUACUCACCCAACAGACCGUCGAAUCCUAUGCUGAAUUAUUUAAAUUGAACAACGCUCUCGAGAUCAACGAUACGAGAAUAGAAGAAGAUUCAAACGAGUACGAAAAUUCCAGCGACGAUUUGGAUCUUCAACAGAGCGAGGGCCCGGUAAACGGAGCAAAUAAAACAAACGGAACUAAGUUACGUGAGCUUGCCCAAGUAUUCACACACGCGUUAUCAGCCUACUUGCAAGAUCCCGACACGUUCAAAAAGGUACUCACUGAUAUAAGACCAACCGAACCAACCUGGACUACCGAAAGUGAUCAGAGUGAAACUACCACUUCUUAUCCUAGUACGAUAACCGAAGAAUUUCCAUCGGUUACCAAGGAAAAAGAUGAAGUAUUGGAUUUCUCCGAAGACGUGAAUGGAUCGAGAAGGCGAAAGCCAACGAGCGUGUAUCCGAGCAUGUAUCAACCUUCUUCCAUCGUGAUCACGAGUACCACCUAUAAACCUUAUUUGUCGCAACGUAACUUCUAUGGUUCGACCUUGGCACCGGUUCAGAUUCCACGCCGUGAAUUCUACACGACUGCAUUCCCUGAAACAUAUCGACGCGACGUUUAUAAUUCAACUUUGUCACCAGUUAGAUCGGUCAGCAGUGUCUCUCAUUCUGCCAACGGUAAUACGAUUCGAUCUUUCGAAGAAAACAGUUAUCAAACGACAACUUGGUUACCUCCUAGAACGCAAAACAGUUAUUACACGACAACGAUAACUCCGUUUGAGGAUACCUUAGAUCAAACAACGACAUCUUCGUUGAACGAUCUAUCGAAUAACGAUUAUUACGAAUCUUCGACAGUCCCAGCUGACAAUAACUUUGCUUACGUCGUAAACAAUGCUUUCAAUGUCGGCAAUGACAAUCGUGUACCGAUUAGUAGCGUCGAGACAAGCGACUCCAAUGGAUCAUCUCAGGACGAUUACUUUCCUCUGGAAUACAAAUCUGCAGAAAAUCAAUCAGGCGAUAGCUCGAACGAAACCACGUUUAGAUCAGAUACUUACGGUAAAAAUGUUAAACCGGCAGGUAUUACACCGAUAUAUAAAAAUUAUGUAUCCUCAUCGACACCAGCUUAUUAUUUACAAUAUGCUCAGGAUUCUUAUCAAGGAAGCAAAUCGGAAAGAUUUGGUACGCCCCAUUAUUUCAAACCGGAAGAUAACAACAAUAAUGGUGGUUCAGCAGCAGUCGAAGUAUCCAAUAGUAUAAUACCAAGCUCUACCACAUCGAUACCUCCUAAAAGGAUUAGCAAUAGCCCUUUCAGAAUACGUUAUUAUGAUUCAAGAAUCCCAGAUGAAUCUCUUGUAACUGCUCGUAGCUCCUAUCAGAAUUUUCGAACACAGAAUCGUGUAGAAAGUAAUGUUAAGCCAACGGAUAAAACAACGACCGAGAGUUCAGCGAUGACAUCAAUAUCGUCCUCGAACCAAAUUGGACUCGAUCCGAUAACAACUACGGUGACCGACAUUGAUGAUUUUUCUCAGGUUACUACUGUCACUCGAAAUGCUUCGAACAAUAAUGCGAUUCAGAACAAUACUACUUCGAGCAUAUUGAGCAAUGAUCAUUGGACGUCUUCGCCUAUGGUGACUCAACUUUGGGAAAGUACCAUUUUCAUAGAUCCUAAACGUAUAAAUCACGGCUUGGAAGAUAAUCCUUCGUCGAAAGAAUUUACUUCUAGCGAAUCAUUAUCAACAUUGAAACCAACGCGCAGUAGUACCUUGGAUUCUCUCAAGGAUAAUAAAAUUGUGACUAUCAAUACACUCGAAGAAGCUACGAAAUCGUCAACAUCGAACGAGGAUAUCUCAACACCUUGGCAAUGGACAUCCAAUAACGACGACUCACCGACAACGUUUACUCUACUACCUAGUGUGUUCUCAGGCGAGAACACGGCAACCCCAACACCGAUUUAUACUACCCGUUCUAGUAUAACAACAACAAUAACGUCUUCUGUUACAUCUACCAACACCAUACCCCAAGACAAUGCUUUGGUAUCCUUGUUACCUUACACAUCGACAAGUUCGAAUCCUUCGAACACGAGCGACAACGAGGUCGUCAAGGCUAAAAGGAUUUUUGGUAAACUUAACGAGAGUAGUUCGGAUACAUUGAUGAGAGUAAUGAAACAAGCAGAUACCAACGAAACUGUUAGACAAUUAGUUUUACUAUUGAUCAAUCAUUGCAAUGGACCAAUGAACAAAACCAUGGAAGAAGAAAAAGAACAAUUGUUGAAUGCACUUUUAAAGAUGCCAGUCAACAGAUUUUCUAGCGAAGAAUCGCGCGAAAUCGUAGCUGGUAUUAACAAAUUAAAUUUACCUAUCGGUAGACGAUCGUCAUCGAGAUCAAACGGUGCUGAUUCUAGAACAUCUUCGACAACCCCUAGAUCAUCCGAACCUUCGAUUACUACAUUCCGCAGUAGACAGGGUAGAAAAUUUCGAACAACUACUGAUAAUCCGUCAAUUUUAUCGAGAAGAUCUGACGAUCCUGAAACUCAAGAAACUAUUGACUCGUUAACGGAAACAACGGUGUCCGAUAACAGAGCAUUAGAUCUUCUGCGAUCUCUUUACUCGGUUGCUGCUAAAUGGGGUUGAAAUAAAAUAAAUUUGUUUGAAAUAAUGUUUUCGAUAUAAUUGCAAAAAAAAUGGAAGCUCGUUCGUUAAACCAUGCAACAACGUUCGUGUUUAUCGACAAUGUAGUAUAAUUAUUAUACACACAAACAAACACACACAUACACACACACACACACAUUCAUACACGAAUUAUAUUCGUAGCUCUUAAAAAAGAACUGCGAAUUAACGAGAACUGUUUCCUAUAUGGCGAUAGACAGUAGCAGUUCGAUCGAUAGUUUUUAUUUAUAGCUCCGUUGUAGAAAAUAAGAAUUGACGAUAUUAUCCUAGCCAUUUCUCUGGUUGAUCGGAUUAACGUGCUGAUGAAACGAGAUUAGAUUACAUGUAAGUCUCAUAGCCAUUUGAAAUAUAUCGAUUUGUUCAAUUUUGGUCCUGGCGUUAUACGACAAACACGAUGAUAACGAAAGAUCGUUGAACUUAUCUUACUGUUUUAUUCAAUCCUUUUUUGAAUCUUUUCCAAUAAAUAUUAAAUAUUUAUAUUUAUAGAGACAGAAAAGAAAAAUAGAAAGCAACUGUUAGCUAAGAUGAUAUCGAUUCGAGAUAAACUGUAGGAAGAGUUUGUAUUAAAAAUUUAUAAUAAAAUAAUUCGUAGUCAGAUUUUGGUCAUCGAAAUUUCAUGAAAUUUUCGACUUUUCUGGCAGACUUUCAAAAUAAAAGAACUGAUCCUGAAACUUAUAUUAACGUUUUAUUCGAUGUAAAUUUAUAUUGAAAAUAUUUCUUGGAUACGUUCUCGUUAAUUGGAAAGAACUUUGAUAAUUUAUGCUCAGCGUAUAGAUUUGCAAGAAAAUAUAUUAUAAAAAUAAUUGAAAAAUAAGAAAAAAAAGAUACGAAAUAUCUUUCCAUUCUCGAUUCGUGUCUCUUACGUUAUUACGUUUAUUCAAAAGGAAGGAAUCUUUGAGUGUUACUUAGAUGAUCGUAAGUUACAUACGUGUGCAUGUAAUACGUGCGUAGAUAUUGUAGAAUAUGAUCCGAACGAGAAAUGAUGUUUCGUUUUACGAUCGCAAGCAAAGCUAGAAAACGGUAAAUCAUCAACGAUCUUCCUUAUUUGAUGGUAAUCGCUUUCGUAAAAUAUUAUAUCCUAUCCCUACGAUGAUUUAUGUUUUACGAUAGGAAUUACGUGUGUCUUCUUCUUCUUCUUCUUCUUCUUCUUGCGUUCUCCAUUCCGUCUGCACGUGAAUCUAUCCAGAAGAUUUCCCACGCUUUUAAAUAUACGACGAUACUGCGUUGAAAAUCUUUUUUUCCUGAGAAAUUAACGGACAAACUUAGAAGUUAUCAAUUUUUAUCCACAUAAUUAUUAACAAAUAUUUUCUUCUUCUUCCUUUGCAAAUUUUAAUCUUUUCAGGA